AUGAUCGUAGAUGAUCCCAUGGACGAGGACUUCUGUGAUGCCCCCCCGCCCACAUUCGGCGGUGUGCUGUUAGUGGUGGCUACCGCCACCCCGUCCCUUUCCCAGCAGCCUUCAGGGUGGCUCUUGGAGUCAGCCCCUCUGCCCUCGCUACUCCCCCCCUUCGCAACCACGCCCACCUGGUGGCCUGUCUCUCUGGAGGUCUGCAUCACGCCCACCUUGCUAUUGGAGGAAGACGGAGACGACGCCUCCUUUUGCACUUUGCCCCCGCCUAAGUCUCUUCCUCCUCUUCGUCCUCCCCCCUAUGCCCCUCGCCCACCCCAGAAAACCUCUACCCUCUCCAGGGUACCUGUGCCUGCCUGCUGCAGAGACACUUUGUGCCCUACCCUGGGUGAAAUAGAGCAGCACUGUCCUCUCUCAGCCACACCACAGACAAUAAUAACCAGAACAACAACAGCAGCUAAUACUAUUAAGACUACUACCUUCCCCACAGCCUCAGCAGAGCCCCUUCAGACCCCAUGCCAACUGCCCCCCCUCCUCUCCACAACAGUAACAACCACAGCCACAGUAACAGCCACAAUAACAACCACAGCCAAAGGCCAAUUCAAAGACUGCAUCAGGACAGGCAGCCCCACACUAGACGGGCCGGUGUCCUUACUUGACAGCAGGAGUAUAGAGUCCAGACUGAUGGACACUCUUCCUCCUCCCCUUCCUCUUUCUCCUCCUAGUGGCUUGGAUUUAAACUCCUCCCCUUCCUUCUCCUCCUCUUCCUCCUCAGGUUUCUUCACUGACCUGGCAAUGGAUGAGAUCCUGUUUGCAGACAUCGACACCUCCAUGUAUGACUUUGACACAUGCACGACCCCUGCCACCCCCUCAGUCAUGCCCAGCCAACCUUUCAACAUGGACCUGACAGAACUGGACCACAUUAUGGAGGUCCUGGUCGGGUCGUGACUCUGGACUACAUUAUGGAGGUCCUGGUCGGGUCGUGACUCUGGACUACAUUAUUGAGGUCCUGGUUGGGUCGUGACUCUGGACUACAUUAUGGAGGUCCUGGUCGGGUCGUGACUCUGGACUACAUUAUGGAGGUCCUGGUCAGGUCGUGACUCUGGACUACAUUAUGGAGGUCCUGGUCGGGUCGUGACUCUGGACUACAUUAUGGAGGUCCUGGUCGGGUCGUGACUCUGGACUACAUUAUGGAGGUCCUGGUCAGGUCGUGACUCUGGACUACAUUAUGGAGGUCCUGGUCGGGUCAUGACUCUGGACUACAUUAUGGAGGUCCUGGUCGGGUCAUGACUCUGGACUACAAUAUUGAGGUCCUGGUCAGGUCGUGACUCUGGACUACAUU